CCCCAACGAGGCGGACCAUGGAGUGUCCCGAGGGACGGCUCCCCGUUUCUUCAGAAAAUGAUUCAACACCAACAGUUUCAACAUCGGAAGUAACUAGCCAACAAGAGCCCCAAAUUCCUGUCGACCGUGGGUCUGAAACCACCUGUGAAAGCAGCGCCGACAUUGCUGGCGACCAAGGCACCCAGAUUCCUGCCGACCAGUACGCUCAAACGGAUGCGGACGGCAGCGCCCAGGCUGCUGCCCAGGCCCCAGAAAACUUCCAGGAAGGGAAAGACAUGAGUAAAAGCCAGGAUGAAGUUCCUGAUGAAGUUGAGAACCAGUUUAUAUUGCGUCUGCCUCUGGAACACGCUUGUACUGUCAGGAACCUAGUACAUUCUCAAAGUGUCAAGAUGAAGGAUAAACUGAAAAUUGACUUACUGCCUGAUAGGCGCCAUGCAGUUGUUGAAGUAGAAGAUGUUCCACUAGCUGCUAAGCUGGUUGAUUUGCCUUGUGUUAUUGAAAGCCUGAGAACGCUUGAUAAAAAAACUUUUUAUAAAACAGCAGACAUUUCUCAGAUGCUUGUGUGCACUACUGAUGGUGAUAUCCACCCUUCUCCAGAAGAAUCAGCUGCCUCUGCUGAUCCUAAUAUAACCAGGAAAAAAGAAAGGGAGAGAGAGAAAAAAUAUGUCUGGAAGCAUGGCAUUACUCCACCACUUAAGAAUGUCAGAAAGAAAAGGUUCCGGAAAACACAAAAAAAGGUCCCUGAUGUCAAAGAAAUGGAAAAAAGCAGCCUUCCUGAGUACAUUGAAUCUCCAGAUGUGGAAAAUGAAGUAAGGAGACUGCUGCGUUCAGAUGCUGAAGCCAUAAGUACCCGUUGGGAAGUCGUUGCUGAAGAUGGAACCAAGGAAAUAGAAAGUCAAGGCUCCAUCCCAGGAUUUGUGAUAUCCUCGGGAAUGAGCAGCCACAAGCAGGGUCAUACCUCAUCAGAAUAUGAUAUGCUUCGGGAGAUGUUCAGUGAUUCUAGAAGUAACAAUGAUGAUGAUGAGGAUGAGGAUGAUGAAGAUGAGGAUGAGGAUGAGGAUGAAGAUGAAGACGAAGAAGAAGAGGAGGAAGAUUAUUCUGAAGAGUGUCUGGAAAGGCAGCUUCAGGCCAAGUUUAUUGAAUCUGGCCAGUAUAGGGCAAAUGAAGGUACCAGUUCAAUAGCCAUGGAAAUUCAGAAGCAGAUUGAUAAAAAGGAGAAAAAGCUCCAUGAGAUUCAGAAUAAAGCACAAAGACAGAAGGAUCUCAUCAUGAAAGUGGAAAACCUGACACUCAAGAAUCAUUUUCACUCUGUGCUGGAGCAGCUUGAGAUACAGGAAAAAAAAAAAAAUGAGAAGCUCAUUUCCCUACAGGAACAAUUGCAGCGUUUUCUGAAGAAGUGAGGAGAGCCAUUGGCCUGGCACACAAACCUUGGAUCCACCAUCCAGACUGAAGACUGGAUGAAACUGUGCAUGUUUCUGUCCCUUCCGUUGCCUUAUGUUGAAUCAGUUAUAUUUAUCUGUACCUUCUUUGCUACUUAUAAUAUGCUCAAAGUUUGUAGUCAUGUAGAAAAGGCCAGUAUAAAAAUAUAGUAGACUUAGAUACCCCACACGACCAUGAGACUUUCUCUUUGUCAAUUUGGGAAUUAUUAUUAUUAAUUUAGAAAUGGGGUCUUGUUAGGUUGCCCAGGCCGAAUUCAGACUCCUGGGCUUAAGGGAUCCUCCUGCCUCAGCCUCCUGAGUAGCUGGGACUACAGGUGUGCACCACCACACCAAACAAGAAUUGAUUAUAUUGCUUCUGUGCUAUGGUACCAGCAGAUGAUUCAGUCAUGCUUCCAAAGGCAGUCUAGUCUAGAGGCCAUACAGCUGUUUGGUUUGCAUAUGUUUUAGCUUUUCUUUUGGUUUUUAGUAUUUCCUAAAACAUAGGGGAAAAAACGAGGUCAUUUCUACUAAACACUAGAACCUGUCACAGUGAGUUUAAGUGCCUACCUUGCAGCAGUUAAUACUAGAUUGUGUUCUGUCUUUGUUCGGGCAACAGGGCUGCAUUCCUGCUCAAGGAUGAUUUCUUGCUGCUGCUUAUAUUUGUUCUGUUGCUUCUAGGAUGGAGCUGGUUGUUAUUCACCAACUAAGGGAACAGUUAGAGCAGAGAUGAAUAAAUUAUGAACUGUUAUCCUUAUUCUGAGCCUUCUCCUCCUAACCCUUAUUCUGAGCCUUCUCCUCCUAACCCCCAUCAGUUAAGGUUAGGAAGAACAAGAUGCCAUAAUGCCUAUGAAGACUUCUUUAACAAUCUCAUUUGGGGUUUUUCUAGGUAUAUUAUUAGUGUUUUAUGGUCUGUGUUCUUUAAACAAUAAAUAAAUUGUUCCUUUUAAAUGGA